AUGCUUGUCGUAGUAGUCUUCAUAACACUCGCAACAGAUUGUGUAGCAGCUGAUGUUGUGUUUGUCUUAAAAGAGAAGGUGACAGUAGAUGCUAUUCUCGUAAUAGGGAUCAUAGACAAUGUAGCAGGUAAAGUUACUGUUAUUUUAAACGAUGUAGUUUCUACCGUUGAAGUGGUGAUGGCGCUCGUUAUCGGUAUUGGAGUAGUGCUGGUAGUCGUCGUCGUUGGAGUAGUGGUGGUAGUCGUCGUCGUUGGAGUAGUGGUGGUAGUCGUCGUCGUUGGAGUAGUGGUGGUAGUCGUUGUCGUUGGAGUAGUGGUGGUAGUCGUCGUCGUUGGAGUAGUGGUGGUAGUCGUUGUCGUUGGAGUAGUGGUGGUAGUCGUCGUCGUUGGAGUAGUGGUGGUAGUCGUCGUCGUUGGAGUAGUGGUGCUCGUUGUCGUUGUGUUUGCGAUGAGAGUGGGUUCUUUCCUUUGCUGCUUCUUGAGCGUUUGCGUACGGCUGUUCUUGUCGGUUUCCUUUAUUGGUGCAGCCAAUCCGAUAAAUACAUCACUGUCGUUUCCUGCAAAAAGCGGUGAAAUGUUUGUAAAGAAAAAGUGA